AUGUUCUCCACAACGUAUCCAAGUCUCGCAGGUCCAGGGCCAGGGGACCACGCUGGUCCAUCGAUUCCCCUCGAGGAUCUCGACCCCAAAGUCAACCCAGCGGAAGGCGACGAUUCGCUGGAUCUCGGUGCUGGCAGCACCGGCGACAAGGGAAAGCGUGCCAUCCCUCUCGACGACCUCCGCAAGGCCGUAAAGGGCAUCGAAAAUCUCCAGGCGGGGUCGCCAUCCAAACUCCAUGACUUUGUGGCCACUGAUAAUGGCAUCGUUGGCAGCGCAAUGGCGGCACUUCCUGAUACGUUCCAGCUCGACCGGUCGAGCGCUCUCAAGGUCAUGGACAAGUCUGAGGCCAUCGAGGGCUUGUUUUGCCCGUGCAUCACUUACGGCAAAAUCAGGCAUGAGCUGGACAAAGCCCAAAUGGACCGUGUCGAGUUUGGCGGCGGGAUCUUUGCGACCAAGCAGACGAAGGCGAUCAGUCUCUUCUACAAUCUGGCAGCGCACGAGGGCAACAAGGCGCUGAACGUCGUCGCCCACAAUGCCACCAAUCUGCGCAACCUGGCCGAGGUACGGAUACGUGAGGAACUCAGAAAGAGGCUUCACCAAGAUACCAUGCAGAAGGCCCAGCAAUACGUGUCUGAACUGCCCAUGGAAAUGAAGAAGAUGCUACCGGAUCAGCUCCCUCAACUUGAUCUGCCACUGCCUGAACAGCUCACUCAACCUGACCUGCCACAGGUGCUAGAGGAUGCGCUCCAAGACGGGAAGCCAAGAGCCGUCUCUUUGGUCGAUCGGUUCAGAGACUUGUUGACGAGGAAGGCCUCGGAACAGGCUGAAAAGGCACCUGAACCGGGUCUCCUGACGACCAUCAGCCCUUCCCAAAACUUGAGCACUGAUGUUGCUCCUGAGUCAAAGGAGGACGAAGAGAAGCUCUCCUCCCUUGCCGUCGGAGAGAAGAAGAACACCAACAAGGACGAACAACCGAAGAAGCCGAAGACCAAACUCGGAAGCCGGCUCAAGAAGAGUCAGAAAGGAAAGGGGAAACAAGUAGAUCGGGAGAACGAGCCUCCGGUACCUGUAGGCCCGCAGCCGGAAGACGAGGCAGACAAAGUCACACAAGAAGCAGACGGCGCGCAGGAAGCUAUCCCCGCAGUCCGACUAGAGCGAGGACAGUCGAUCGUAGAAAUACCUGCCAACGCUCGAGUACAUUCGUUGUCGGAAGACACAUUCCUCAUCGAAAAGCCAUCCCAUCUGCCACACGAUCUGGACUUGGACAACAUUGUACCUCUUGACAAGGCACGACUUUCCCAUAUCCUCGAGCACGACCAGAUGAUUCAGUUGAAGCCAGCCCCUGAAGAACACCGCCUCUCAGCAGAUUCCAUGAUCCCCACGACAGCCCCCGCGCCUGGCCACUUCCUCGAGGGCGAUCCUGUCGUGUCUGGGCCACGCCAGAUCCUCUCCCACGAGCUUCUGGACGACCCCAUCGUCAAGCGAGCCAAGGCGUUCCUGCCUCACACGCUCGAAUCGGACAAGAAGGUCGCAGUGGCAAAGGCAGCCAGGGCGCACAGCCUCGCCAACGACACGAUCCUCCCGCCUCCGCCCACGCCAGCCGCCCACGACCUCGACAGCGACAAGAUAAUCGCAGCGCUGGUCCCCGCCGGGCAAGAGCACGAUAUCAGCCGCGACGUGCGCAUCUUGUCGCCGUCGGGCCAGGUGCGCGCGACGCACAUCAUCGAUGCCGACGAGAUCAUCCGCGAGACGGCGCAUUUUCGCAAGUCGCCGCGUCCGGACCCGGCUACCAUGCCUGGCAACUGGGCGUCCUCGUCCGCGUCCGAGGGAGGGGCUGAGAACAACAAUAACAAUAACCUCGUGGCUUCCCUCAAUGCCGUCGUGAACUCGGCCGACCGGGCGCCGGAGGAGCUUGGCCACGAGCAGCCGGCCGAGUCGGGCAAGGAGAAUAAGGCUGCUGGACUAGAUGCGCCUCCAGCCCGCGGCUUCUGGGGCAGGAUGUUCCCCAAGCGGCAGGCCCCUGCCGCCGUCGCCACUCCUGAUGCUACUGCCCCUCCUGGUGACCAGCCGGCUGCUCCAGAGGCGGAAGGGAAUACGGAGGGUCAGGCACAGGGCUGA